AUGGGAUCCCUAGAGACACGUCAGUAUCAGGUGCAGGUGGAGAAGUGCAAAAAGGUAGAGAUCAUGAAACAGAGCCGCCUGAAAAGAGGUGUUAUUGGUGGACCAAUGAGACCUCAGGGAAAUGGACCCCAAAACGCGGGAGAUCAAAGGCCUCAAAAUUUGGGAGAUAACCAAACACGUACCAUUCGAUGCUUUCAUUGUGGACAUAAGGGACAUAAGAUAACUAAGUGUCCCAAGAGAACCAGGGUAUGUUAUGCUUGUCAAAAACCAGGCCAUCUUGCAAAAGAUUGCCGAGAGAAGGAUAUUGCCGACAAUAAAGAUGUUGUCAACAACAAGGGUCUUGCAUGCCCUACUGCUCGAGGACGUAUUUAUCAUAUUAGUAGAGAAGAAACACCAUCUUCUUCAGAACUAAUUCAGGGUGAGUGUUCAAUUGUUGGAAAAAUAUAUUUUGUGAUAUAUGAUUCUAGAGCAACACAUUCGUUCAUAUCAUUAGAUUGGGUUGAUUCACUCAAACUAAAUGUCACUACCUUACCGUUCGAUUUAGUGAUUACCCUACCCUCUGCUAAGCCAGUAAAAUGUAAUUCGGCAUGUUUCCAAUGCCCGCUAAUUGUGUUUAAAAUUAACUUUAAGACCGAUUUAAUUUGUAUUCCUCUAAAAUAUCUGGGAGUAAUUCUGGGAAUGGAUUGGUUGUCUAGCAACUAUAUCCUAUUAGAUUGUGCUCGAUAG